AUCUUGGAGGCGUCGGUUGCGCUGAGCCCACGUUGCCAUGGCAGCAGCUGUAUAGCAACCUCCUGACACUGUAGUGCUGUACCGUGCAGGGAGUUAGCGGAGUUGAGGAAGAUGCCGGCCGGCGGUGGGGAUCGGAGGAAGCGCUUCAUCCUCAGCACUGUGCAGAACUACUUCGGCCUGCCCGCCGGAGAGGAGACCCCGGACUCCCCGGAGCUGGAUCGCUUCUGCGAUGACGGCAAUGAGUUCCUGCUGUCAGCGAGGAAGGCCGGGGCCCGAGUGCUGCUUUCUAACACGGUUGAUCCUAGUGAUACAAAGGAGAAGGCCCUCGUGUUCUUUAAGAUAAGACCAGAAGCCAUCACUGAGGAUAAUCUUCAUGACAAUGUAUUGAUUUCCUCAAUGCUGGACUCUCCUAUCAACACUCUGUACCAGGCAGUGAGGCAGAUCUUUGCCCCGCUGUUGCUGAAGGAUGAAAAGUGGAGUAAGCAGUUUGACCCAAAGCUGCAGGCCUUGCUGAGUGACCUGGAGGCCGGACUGGGCAGUGUGUUGCGGACCGCAGUGGCCAGUGGCAGAAGCUCUAUGUCUGGCAGAGAAGAUGACUUGCAAGGUAUUAUAACCCCCACUGAUGAGUUUCAGUUCUGGGCAGAAGUUGCAGAAAGCCGAAGUAAAUCUAGUAUCCGAGAGAGAGCAAUCCAUUUUGUCAGUUUGUUUCAAACAAUUGAAAAAUAUUACAAUAGUUUGGAUCACCUUCCAUUGACUGAAGUUGUGGAACUUGUAGAAACUACAAAGGAAACGGUGGAUGAUGUAUGGAGACAGACGGAGCAUGACCCCUACCCUGAGCACCGCAUGAGGCAAUUGCUGGAGAUUAUUGGGUACGCACUAGGUCGUAGUGUUCAGAAGAACCUUGGCAGGUUGAGUCUUUGGACAGACCCAUUCCCCACAGUAAAGGAGAGCCUGCGAGCGGGCAUCACGGUCUGUGAGCAGUGGACGUCCGCUUGUGAACACCUGACCGGACAGCUUUGGCGGCGGUACACUCCACACCCUUGGAAGAAUGAUCAAUACUCCCCAGAACCUCUUCAGAAACUUGGGAAACGGCUGGAAGAGGUGCUUACUAUACGGAUGCUGCAUGAGAAGCUGGCUCACUUCUUACCCUCUAGUGAUGAUCACCAGCGAUAUGAGAAAGUGUUUGAACCCUUUGCUGGAUUGAAUCCUGUACACUACAACCCGUAUACAGAGCCUCUAUGGAGAGCUGCUGUCUCCCAGUACGAGAGAAUCAUUGAACCUGCAGAGGAGAAAAUAGCAAACAAGCUAAAAUCCUACUUCUCUGAGAUCCAAGACAGUCCGCAGCAGCUUCUGCAAGCUUUUCAAAAACACAAGGAGCUGGUGAAAAGGCCGAGUGUCCGGAAACUGCUGAUUCUAGAAAGGGAAACUCUGCUUGCAAGGCUCCAGGAUUACAUAAAAGACAUUAACUCGGACUAUGAGAUGCGCUGCCACGGCUCUCCCGGAGAUUCAUCAGGGCCUCUAGCAGGCAAGAACCUUCCUGAGGUUGUAAACAAUAUUGUGUGGGUGCGGCAGCUCCAGCUCAAGGUGGAGGAUUCCUUGAGGAUCGCUGAGACACUUCUAUCUGAUCUGUCUGGAUUUCAGUCCUUUCACAAAGAUGCUGGAGAGCUCCUAGAGCAGUUUAAAGAAUAUGAACAGGAACAAUUCAGUGAUUGGUCACAAGAGAUUCAGUCAGGGUUAUCCGAUCCAAAAUCAGGAUUUUGCAUACAACCAAACAGUCAGGUUAUGGAAUUGGACCACUCCAAUGGAGAAUUAAAAAUCCACUAUUCUGACCGCUUGGUAACACUGCUGCGAGAGGUCCGGCAGCUGUCGGCGCUUGGAUUAGUAAUUCCGGCCAAGAUCCAACAAGCUGCCAAAACAGCACAGAAAUUCUACAAGCAGGCGGUGAUUCUGAAGCAGGUUGCCCAUUUCUACAACACAAUAGACCAGCAGAUGAUUCAGAGCCAGAGACCUAUGAUGUUAAAGUCUGCACUGGCGUUUGAGCAGAUAAUUAAGAAUUCUAGAGAGGACGAAAAAGGUCAAAAAAUGUCCAUAAAGUGGGACAGUCCUAAAGAACUUCAAAGUUACAUAGAGAAAUUGCAAAGUGCAUCCGAGCAACUCUCUACUGAAAACCGGAAGCUUAGAAAGAAGCACACGGACUUCUGUGAAAAGGUCGUUUCUUUCAUGAACAUCGAUUUGCUCCGUCAACAACAGCGAUGGAAAGAUGGUCUUGUGGAGAUGCGCAGUGUGUUUUCCAGUCUUGAAUAUCAGGGCAUACGGCCGAGUGACAUGAAGGCCUGGCGCCAGCACUGGGAUCAUCAGCUAUACAAGGCUCUCGAGCAUCAGUAUCAGAUGGGCCUAGAGGCACUAAAUGAAAAUCUCCCAGAAAUCGCCAUUGAUCUAACCUUUAAGCAGGGAAGAUUACAGUUUAAACCUCCCUAUGAAGAAAUCCGGGCCAAGUAUUACAGGGAUAUGAAAAGGUUUAUUUCUAUUCCGCACCAGUUCAGAGGGCUGAGCCAGCCUGGGGAAGAGCCCAUCUUCUCCGUGAUGCCUGAGAGGAAUGCAAACGGCUUCAUCACCGUGUUCAGUAAAGCAGAGGAUUUGUUCAGAAGGUUAUCCGCUGCCAAGGAUCAAUUCAAGGAUUGGGUUGUAAUCGGCCAAACUGACGUGGAAUCCCUGAUCGAAAGAUAUAUACAUGACGUGAGGGACUGGGAGAAAAACUUUAAAGCACUUAAAGUGAGGGGGAAAGACGCUGAACGCCUUCCAAGUGUUAUAAAGAUUGACUGCAUGACCAUUAAUUGCAGUCCUGUGAAGGCGGUUAUAGAUGAUCUCAUUCAGAAGCUGUUUGAUGCUCUUCUAAUAUCGUUAAAGAAAUCUAUCCAAGCUCACAUGCAUGAGAUUGAUAGCUUUGUGACAGACGGGAUGGAGGUGUUAUCCAGCCGGCCACAGAGCGUGGAAGAGAUCGGAGAGGCCAACAUGAAACAUGGGCAACUGAAACUGCGGAGACCUGAGAUUCUGCCCUUAUUUAAGGAAGCUGAAGAUAAAAACAGAUUACUGCGCUCCGUCGCAGGGGGCGGCUUGGAUACAAUUAGUAAUCUCAGAGCGAAGUGGGAUAAAUUUGAACUAAUGAUGGAGAGUUAUCAGCUAAUGGUCAAAGAGCAAAUUGAAAUAAUGAAGCAAAAUGUAAACUCCAGGGUGACUAAUUAUAUCCAAGACUUAGAAAAAUUUAAAGCCCGUUGGGACCAGUUCAAGCCGAAUGAUGACAUAAUUGAGACCGGAAAGGAGGACGUCUUAGAGAAAAGUGCCCAGUCCAUAAAGGAGAAGAAAGUGGAGUUUGAUGAGCUUGAAACCACAAAGAAAAAAAUAAUUGAGGACUGUCUGCAUUUUGAUAUGGAGGCUCCUGAUUUCUCCCUGGCUGAUGAGAUACGCAUUGAUAUUGAGGGCUGUACAAGAACAUGGUCUUUAUAUGAAGAAUUUUAUCAAGGAUUUAAUGAGAAGGCAAGGGAAGACUGGAUCUCCUUCAGGAGCAAGUAUUACAGCUUUGAAGAAUUUCUCCUUUCCUGGCACGACAGACUGAGGAAGAUGGAAGAACACACCACAAUGUCUGUGAAGCUACAGACAGAAAUUGACAGAUACAAGAUGGUGGUUCCUGUGCUGAAGUAUGUACGUGGCGAGCACCUGUCUCAGGAUCACUGGCUUGACCUCUUUAGACUCCUCGGUCUACCAAAAGGAACCACUUUAGAAAAGUUGCUGUUUGUAGAUCUCCUCAAAGUUUCUGAUGUCAUCAUAUCCAAGGCUUUAGAACUGAAGGAAUUGAAUAGCCGGGCCCAGGGGGAAAUCACAAUCCGAGAAGCUCUGCGAGAAUUGGACAUCUGGGGGGCUGGCUCAGUUUUUACGUUAACGGAUUAUGAGGACAGUCAGAGACGGACAAUAAAGCUGAUCAAAGACUGGAAAGAUAUAGUCAAUCAAGUAGGAGAUAACCGCUGCCUUCUUCAGUCCCUGAAAGACUCUCCCUACUACAAAGGAUUUGAGGAUAAGGUGUCUGUUUGGGAGAGAAAGCUUGCAGAAUUGGAUGAGUACCUGCAAAACCUAAACCAGAUACAGAGGAAGUGGGUGUAUUUGGAGCCCAUCUUUGGUCGUGGUGCACUUCCCAGAGAAGAAGCCCGUUUCAACAGAGUUGAUGAAGACUUCCGAUCAAUAAUGUCAGACAUACAAAGAGACAACAGAGUAACGAUGUUGACAUCACGGGUGGGGAUAAGAAAUUCUCUGAUUACCAUCCUUGAUCAGCUCCAGAGAUGCCAGAAAUCCCUGAAUGAGUUCCUAGAGGAGAAACGCUCUGCCUUCCCUCGCUUUUAUUUCAUUGGGGAUGAUGACCUGCUGGAGAUACUGGGCCAGUCAACCAACCCCACAGUCAUCCAGUCCCAUCUGAAGAAGCUCUUUGCCGGAGUGAACAGCGUGGAUUUUGAUGAGGGCUUCAAGCAUAUCAUCGCCAUGAAAUCACUGGAAGGGGAAGUUGUUCCAUUGAAAAACAAGGUCCUUGUUUCUACUGAUGUUGAGGUCUGGCUAAGUAAUUUGGCCUUUCAGAUGAAGUCCACACUACAGAUGUUACUGGUGGAGUGUGUGACGGCAGGGAAGAGGUCACAAGGUACUAUCGAUCCUCUCCGCUUUCCUUCUCAAAUCCUGUGCCUGGCGGAGCAGAUUCAGUUUACAGAUGAUGUUGAGAAUGCCAUACGAGGCCGUAGCCUUCAUGAGGUGGAGCUGGAGCUGACUGCUAAGCUAGAACACUACACCAGCAUUGAUGACACAGCGAGUACAGAUGAUGCAGGGAUCCUGGAACUGAAGCUGAAGGCCCUGAUCCUGGAUAUUAUCCAUAACAUCGAUGUGGUGAAGCAGCUAAACCAAGCUCAGGUGCAGAGUGCUGAUGACUGGGUAUGGAAGAAGCAGCUGAGGUUCUACAUGAGAGCUGAUGAGAAGUGCUACGUGCAGAUGGUGGAUGCUGAGAUACAGUACACCUAUGAGUACCAGGGCAACGCUCCCAAGUUGGUUUACACCCCUCUGACGGACAAAUGCUACCUCACCCUGACUCAGGCCAUAAAGAUGGGCUUGGGAGGAAACCCGUAUGGCCCGGCUGGAACUGGUAAAACGGAAUCUGUGAAAGCCUUGGGUGGACUUUUUGGAAGACAAGUUUUGGUUUUCAAUUGCGAUGAGGGUAUUGACGUAAAAUCCAUGGGGAGGAUUUUUGUCGGUUUGGUGAAGUGCGGAGCUUGGGGUUGCUUUGAUGAAUUCAACAGACUGGAGGAAGCCGUGCUCUCUGCGGUUUCCAUGCAGAUACAGACCAUUCAGGAUGCCUUAAAGAACCACAGAUCGACCUGCGAGCUGCUGGGGAAAGAGGUUGAGCUGGACCCUAAUUCUGGGAUCUUUAUAACCAUGAAUCCUGCUGGCAAAGGCUAUGGUGGGCGCCAGAAGCUGCCCGAUAACCUGAAACAGCUGUUCCGCCCGGUAGCUAUGUCCCGACCUGACAAUGAGCUCAUUUCUGAAGUCAUCCUUUACUCCGAAGGGUUUAAAGAAGCUAAAACAUUGGGCAGGAAACUCGUGGCCAUCUUCAACUUGGCCAGGGAGUUGCUGACCCCUCAGCAGCACUAUGACUGGGGAUUACGGGCACUCAAGACGGUCCUCAGAGGAUGUGGGAAUCUUCUGCACCCACUGAAGAAAAAUGGAACAAAGCUGAACAUCAGUGAAAGCCAUAUUGUGGUACAAGCUCUGCGUCUCAAUACGAUGUCAAAGCUGACGUUUGCGGACUGUUCCCGCUGCGAUGCUUUGAUUAAGGAUGUCUUUCCUGGAAUUGAUUUUAAGGAUGUGGAAUACUUGGAGUUAAAUGCCGCUCUGCAGCAGGUCUUUGAAGAAGCAAAUCUAGAAAUCAUCCCAAGUCAGAUUAAAAAAGCUCUGGAGUUAUAUGAACAGCUGCGCCAGAGGAUGGGGGUCGUGAUUGUUGGGCCUAGUGGCGCAGGCAAGUCCACUCUAUGGCGCAUGUUGCGAGCAGCACUGGGCAAGGUCGGGAAAGUGGUAAAGCAGUAUACGAUGAACCCUAAAGCUAUGCCCAGACAACAGCUACUCGGCCACAUAGACAUGGACACCAGAGAGUGGUCAGACGGAGUCCUGACCAACAGUGCGCGGCAGGUUGUCCGAGAGCCUCAAGAAGUUAGUUCCUGGAUAAUCUGUGACGGUGACAUUGACCCAGAGUGGAUUGAGUCUUUAAACUCUGUUCUGGAUGACAACCGUCUCCUGACUAUGCCCAGUGGGGAAAGGAUUCAGUUUGGUCCCAAUGUUAACUUUGUCUUUGAGACACAUGACCUUAGCAGCGCAUCUCCGGCCACAAUAUCCAGAAUGGGAAUGAUAUUCCUAAGUGAUGAAAACACGGAUCUGAAUUCUCUGAUCCGUUCGUGGCUCCGGGGACAGCCAGAAUCACACAGACAUAAUUUGGAAAACUGGAUUGCAGACUAUUUUGAGAAGGCUUUAAAUUGGGUUCUUAAGCAGAACGACUUUGUGGUGGAAACCAGUCUUAUUGGAACGGUAAUGAAUGGAUUGUCGCAUCUUCCUGGCUGCACUGACCGGAGUCAAUUCAUUAUUAGUCUGAUCCGUGGCCUAGGAGGAAAUCUCAAUAUGAAGUCCAGAAAUGACUUUGCCAAAGAGGUUUUCAGUUGGGCUCGAGAAUCUCCCCCUGAUCCUCGCAAACCAUUGGAAACAUAUUAUGAUGCUAAAACCGGACGCUUAAUGUCCUACAGCCAUGAAAAACCUCAAAAUCUAACUAUCGAAGACUUCAGUAACCCUCAGGCUCUCCCAGUUAUCAGAACCCCUGACAUCCAGAGAGGACUGGACUAUUUCAGACCAUGGCUGGGCUCUGACACUAAACAGCCCUUCCUGUUAGUUGGACCUGAAGGUUGUGGAAAGGGAAUGCUGCUGCUUUAUGCAUUUUCCCAGCUCCGGUCCACACACAUCGCUAUAGUGCAUUGCAGUGCACAGACAUCUUCUCGUCACGUCUUACAAAAGCUCACACAGACCUGCCUAGUAAUCACAACGAACACUGGCCGGGUGUACCGGCCGAAAGACUGUGAGAGAUUGGUCCUAUAUUUAAAAGAUAUCAACCUCCCCAAACCGGACAAAUGGGGUACCAACACCUUGGUGGCAUUUUUACAGCAGGUUCUAACAUAUCACGGCUUUUAUGAUGAUAACCUUGAGUGGGUCGGCCUAGAAAACAUUCAGAUUGUGGCAUCUAUGUCUGCCGGGGGCACCAUCGGGCGGCAUAAACUCACCACCAGAUUCACCUCUGUGGUUCGUAUAUGCGCCAUCGACUAUCCAGAAAGAGACCAAUUGCAAACAAUUUGUAGUUCAUAUUUAGAACCAGUGCUUCACAAAAAUCUAAAGAAGCACCCAAUAUGGAGUUCUGUAUCCAAGAUCCACCAGUUAGCUGGAUCCAUGGUUCAAGUUUAUGAGCAGGUUCGGAUGAAGUUUUCGGUUGAUGAUCAUAGUCAUUACCUGUUCACUCCCUGUAUACUUACAAAGUGGAUACUCGGGCUAUUUAGAUAUGAUUUAACGGCAGGAUCCACGAACCAAUCGCAAGACCAUGUCCUGGAAAUCGUGGAGUGCGAGGGCCGCAGACUGUUCCGGGAUAGGCUUGUGACCUCCAAGGAGCUAAACGUCUUUGACAACAUUUUAAUGUCAGUGCUGCAAGGAGACUGGGGUUCCGAUGUCCUGGACAAUGUGUCAGGCAGUUUUUAUGUGACAUGGGGAGCUCUACAUGAGGCGGGGUCUGUGCUCGCCCCAGGACAGCCUUUACCCCCGCAUGGGCGGCCUCUUGGAAGGCUAAAUUCUGACGAUUUUAAAGAGGUCAUUAAGAAGGGGAUCAUUCAGUUCAGUCGAGAUAACCGGGAGCUGGACAUUCUCCUCUUCAGUGAAGUUCUGGACUACAUGUCCCGGGUAGACCGGGUUCUGAGCUUUCCCGGUGGCUCCCUUCUUCUGGCAGGACGGAGUGGUGUUGGCCGCAGAACUGUCACUUCUCUCAUUAGUCACAUGCACGGAGCUGUGUUCUUCACUCCUAAGAUUUCUAGAGGAUAUGAGCUGAAACAGUUCAGGAAUGAUCUAAAGCAGGUCAUGCAGAUGGCCGGCAUUGAGGGACAGCAAGUGGUCUUUCUCCUCGAGGACUAUCAAUUUGUCCAUCCAACAAUUUUAGAGAUGAUCAACAGCCUGCUUUCAUCAGGUGAGGUCCCCGGAUUAUAUACUAUGGAGGAACUGGAGCCUCUGCUAUCACCAUUAAAGGACCAGGCAUCUGAAGAUGGCUUCACAGGACCAUUAUUUGCUUAUUUUACUCUAAGAGUUCUGCAUAAUCUGCAUGUUGUCCUGAUCAUGGAUUGUACAAAUGCCAAUUUCACUAUAAACUGCGAGAGUAAUCCAGCACUCUACAAGAGAUGCUCAGUGCAGUGGAUGGAGGGCUGGUCGGAUAGGAGCAUGAAGAAGAUUCCCAGGAUGUUAUUUUCAGACACAACAAGUCAAGAGAAGAGUCAGCACUCUGAGUACAAGAAGUCUUCAGGAGAGGCUGAGUUUUAUAACUCCUUCCUAACCAUUCAUGAGUCUUGCAAAACCCAUGGCGCCACUCCCAGGCGCUACAUGACCUUCCUCCGCGUGUACGGGUCACUCUUCAGCAGAAAGAAAACAGAACUGAGCAAGAAACAAAAACAUUUACAGGCUGGAGUGUCGAAACUCAAUGAGGCCAAGUCUCUUGUAGAUGAGCUGAAAGGAAAAGCUGGAGAACAGAGCUUAUUGCUGAAAACCAAACAGGCUGAAGCUGAUGCCGCACUGCAAGAGAUCACAACAUCAAUGCAGAAUGCCAGUGAUCAGAAGACUGAAAUGGAGAAAAUCAAACAGCGGAUAGCUGAGGAGUCUACUAAAAUUGAAGCAAGGAAAAGACAAAUUGACAACGAACUAAAGGAUGUUCAGCCAUUAGUGGAUGAAGCAAAACACGCAGUAGGGAACAUUAAGCCGGAGUCUUUGUCGGAGAUCCGAUCUUUACGCAUGCCCCCUGACAUCAUCCGCGAUAUUCUGGAGGGUGUGCUAAGGCUCAUGGGUAUCUUUGAUACUUCGUGGGUAAGCAUGAAAAGUUUUCUUGCGAAGCGUGGAGUGCGAGAGGAAAUUGUGACGUUUGAUGUGAGAAAUAUUACAAAAGAAAUACGCGACAGUGUGGAGGAGCUCCUUGAAAAGAAUAUGGCGUCUUUUGAAGCCAAGAAUGCUAAAAGGGCCAGUGCUGCAGCGGCACCUCUGGCUGCCUGGGUGAAGGCUAAUGUACAGUAUUCUCAUGUACUGGAGAAAAUCCAGCCCUUGGAGAAGGAACAAGCGGUGCUGCAGUCCAAUUUCCGAAAAACUGAAGAGCGAAAACAGAAACUGGAGCACCAGCUCAAUACGGUUGGGCAGAGGGUGACAGAACUGAAGGAAAAGUUUCAGUCCCGGACAACUGAAGCUGCUAAACUUGAAGCUGAAUUAUCCAAAGCACAAGAGAUUAUAGAGUCUGCGGAACUACUGAUAAGUCAGUUGGACGGGGAGCACAAGCGGUGGAAUGCGCAGGUGGAGGAGAUAGCAGAAGAAUUGAGUACAUUGCCAAAGAGAGCCCAGCUGGCGGCUGCUUUCAUCACCUACAUAUCAGCCGCUCCUGAGGAUCAGAGAAAAGACAGCAUAGAUCAAUGGAUGAAAUCAGUAGGACUGGAAACGUUUGAUCUAAAGAGGUUUUUGUCUACGGAAAGCGAGCAACUCAUUUGGAAAAGUGAAGGACUACCAUCUGACGAGCUGUCAGUUGAGAAUGCCCUGGUCAUUUUACAGAUCUGUUCUUUGAAAGCCUCGAGCCAGGUGUGUCCAUUUUUAAUCGAUCCGUCUUCACAAGCAACAGAAUGGUUGAAAACACAUUUGAAAGACUCUCGCCUGGAAGUUAUUAAUCAACAGGAUGCAAACUUCAUUACGGCUCUUGAGCUAGCAGUCCGCUUCGGCAAGACACUUAUUAUCCAGGAGAUGGAUGGAGUGGAGCCAGUCCUGUAUCCAUUACUCAGGAGAGAUCUUAUUGCUCAGGGGCCACGAUAUGUUGUCCAAGUUGGCGAAAAAACCAUAGACUACAAUGAAGAGUUCCGCUUGUUUCUUGCAACACGCAACCCCAAUCCGUUUAUACCAUCUGACGCUUCGUCAAUCGUUACUGAGGUCAAUUUUACAACCACAAGAGCUGGGUUGAGAGGACAGCUCCUAGCUUUAACCAUUCAACAUGAAAAACCAGACCUGGAAGAACAGAAGACAAAACUGCUGCAACAAGAGGAAGAUAAGAAAAUACAGCUGGCUAAGCUUGAAGAAUCUCUCCUGGAGACACUGGCCACAUCGCAUGGAAACAUACUUGACAACAAAGAACUGAUUAACUCAUUGAAUCAGACUAAAGCAAGCAGCGCUCUCAUACAGGAAUCUCUCAGCGAGUCGCACAGGCUGCAGAUCUCUCUGGACCAGGAGCGGAAUGCCUAUCUCCCCCUUGCAGAAAGUGCCAGCAAGAUGUACUUCAUUAUCUGUGACUUAUCCAAAAUUAAUAACAUGUACCGCUUUAGUUUGGCUGCUUUCCUUCGACUCUUUCAACGAACUUUGCUAAGCAAACAGGAGCCAGGAAGUACUGAAUUAAGGAUCAAGUCACUGAUUGGUUCUUUGAAGCACAUGGUCUAUGAGUAUGUGUGUCGUUCAUUAUUCAAGGCCGAUCAGCUGAUGUUUGCCCUACAUUUCGUGCGCGGCAUGCACUCCGAGUUAUUCCAGGCGAACGAAUGGGACACAUUCACUGGGGUUAUCAUCGGAGAUGUGUUUAAGAAAUCCGAUUCUCAGAAGUCAUUACGAGAUCAGAUCCCAUCCUGGAUUGAGCAAGAAAGAGCUUGGGCAGUGGCCUUAUUAAAGACUUCUCUCCCGCCCCUCUAUCAGAGCCUUAGUCUGGAAGAUUCAAAUCUGUGGAAUAAUUUCUCAAAGAGCACAGUGUGUGAGCAGGAAUUCCCAGCAGCCAUUGCCAAGAAACUGUCCUUAUUCCAACAGGUCCUAGUGGUACAAGCAAUUCGGCCAGACAGACUUCAGAGUGCGAUGGCGCUAUUUGCAUGCAGGACUCUGGGUAUAAAAGAACUAUCCCCUGCUCCUCUUAAUUUGAAGCGUCUCAGUAAAGAUACCCUGGCCAUAGAACCCAUUCUGAUCAUUAUAUCUCCGGGAGCUGACCCAUCCCAGGAACUGCAAGAGCUUGCCAGUGCUGAAGUGGGGAGAGAAUGCUACCGAGAAAUGGCGAUGGGACAGGGCCAGGCUGAUCUGGCUAUACAGACACUGAGAGAAUGCGCCCGGGAAGGAGAGUGGCUGUGCCUGAAGAACCUGCAUCUUGUCAUCUCUUGGCUGCCAGUCCUGGAAAAGGAAUUAAACACUCUUCAGCCAAAACCAAGUUUCCGUCUAUGGCUUACGGCUGAAGUGCACCCGAAAUUUACUCCAAUUUUACUUCAGUCCAGUUUGAAGAUAACGUAUGAGGCACCCCCUGGACUGAAAAAGAACUUGUUGAGAACCUAUGAAUCUUGGACCGCAGAGCAAAUCAGCAAAAACAGUCUCUCUUCCCGAGCCCAGGCUCUGUUUAGCCUAGCAUGGUUCCAUGCAGUUUGCCAAGAAAGACGGAACUAUAUUCCUCAGGGAUGGACAAAAUUUUAUGAGUUUUCCCUUGCGGACCUGCGUGCUGCAUAUGAUAUUAUUGAUCGACUCUUUGAAGGUGGCAGAAACUUUCAGUGGGAUUUCGUGCAUGGCCUCUUGGAAAAUGCAAUUUAUGGAGGACGAAUAGAUAACUACUUUGAUUUGCGAGUUCUUCGCUCCUAUCUGGAACAGUUUUUUAAUUCUCAUGCAGGAGGAGUAAGGGGAAACCAGAUGACUUUCCCGUUGUCCAUCUCCUUGCCAAAUUCAAGCAGCAUUAUGGACUAUCGCAGUGUUAUUGAAGGCCUGCCAGAGGAUGAUAAACCUGCUUUCUUUGGUUUACCUGCUAAUAUUGCCCGAUCCUCCCAGCGCAUGAUCAGUUCUCAGGUGAUAUCACAGCUGAAGAUCCUUAGUAGGCUGGUGACUGCUGGCUCCAAGUUCGAUAGAGAAUUGUGGUCUAAUGAAUUAUCUCCUGUCCUUAACCUGUGGAAGAAACUUAACCAGAAUUCCAACUUGAUCCAUCAGAAGGUGUUCCCUCCUACAGAGCGUCAUGGGUCACCUAUCUUGUCAUUCAUCAUCUUGGAACAAUUCAACGCUAUCCGCCUGCUGCAAAGCAUCCACCAGUCUCUGGCAGCUCUCAGUAAAGUCAUCCGAGGAACUUCAUUACUGACCUCAGAUGUACAAGGACUAGCGAGUGCUUUAUUAGACCAGAAGUGUCCUCUUUCCUGGCAAAACAAAUGGGAAGGCCCUGACGAUCCUUUACAGUACCUGAGGGGACUGGUAUCCCGGACGGUGGCAAUCCAGAAUUGGGUGGAGAAAGCUGAAAAGCAGACGCUGCUAUCAGACACCAUCGAUUUGUCGGAGCUUUUCCAUCCUGACACAUUCCUUAAUGCUCUACGUCAGGAAACAGCGAGAACAAUGAACUGCUCCAUGGAUAACCUCAGAUUUGUGGCAUCCUGGAAAGGGAGGAUUCCUGAUGCAAAGCUCCAAGUCAAGAUCAGCGGCUUGCAGCUGGAGGGAUGCAGUUUUGAUGGAAACAGCCUGUUUGAAAAUGAGCACAACUCUCCGAGUGUAUCGCUGGUGCCCCCCUGUUAUAUGGCCUGGAUUUCACAGCAAUCCGUCGGCACAUACUCCCCACACGAGUGCAUUUCUUUACCGGUGUACACCAGCGCUGAGAGGGACCGUGUCGUGACCAACAUAGAUGUGCCAUGCGGCAGAAACCAGAACCAUUGGAUACAGUGCGGAGCUGCUUUGUUCCUUAAAAACCAGUAGAGAUUAUUAGACAUCCGUUGUAUAUAAAUGAUGCAGAUUUUACUGUAAUGUCUAUUGCUUUUGUUAUUAAUGUUGGCUUCUAUUUGUUUUGUGAUAAAUUGACACCUUGAUACUGUAAAUUAAAUAUUUUCCUGGAUUCAUAUAA